AUGGAAUCAGAGUUCGUGGCUCUCGCUUCCGCCGGUCAAGAAGCGGAAUGGUUGAGGGAUCUUCUGUUGGAAGUUCCAUUGGCUAAAGACAAUGUCUCAAAAGUGAUGAUACAUUGCGAUAGCCAAGCCACAUUAGCAAGAGCAUUCAGCGAAGUGUAUAAUGAAAAGUCUAGACAUAUAGGACUUAGACAUUCGUUCUCCUGGAUCCAUUUAAUUUUACCGAAUUUUCUAACAGUGAAUGAUGCCUGUAUUGUUAGUGUAAAAAUUUUUGUUUGUAAGUCAGCAUAUGAGAAAAAAGUCCAUGGAUCAGUUCAUUUAACAUUUGAAAGUCAAACUGAACCUUUUAAAGUGGAAGAUCAAUGCCCAAAUUUAGACUCUCUUUCAUCUGUUUGCCUUGAACCUACUAAAGAUCCUGAUACAGAGUUUAUGUUUGCUGCAUUGGGGAGAGUUAUUUAUUUUCUUAAGACAAGAGAAGUGAGUGACAUGGAUAUGAAAACUUGCAAGGAAUUUCAACUUUUAUGGGAUAGACUUGCCAAGUUUAAAUUUGAUCUUACUUGGCUAGAGCCCUAUGUUCAAGCUGCAUUGGGAAUGAGAAGUGUUUUGGAGAAAGCUAUGGAAGUUGAAAAACUGAAAGAGAGUGUUGUAGUUCUAAAGCUGGAAACAGAAAGGCUAACGGCCAAGUUGGUUGCUGCUGAGGAAAAUCUUUAUUAUGAAAGAGACUUGUUGAAAGCAAAUGGUGUCAAAGAAGUUGAUUUUUUUUCUGAAUUUGGAUGUGGGAGUUAG